AUGGCUACACGCUGUGGAGAUCUGCGGGCUGUGCUGCUGCAGAUGCCAGAGGUGGAGAGCGUUUCAGGGUACGUGACUAACGUUUCCGGCACAGCCACGCCCUGGGACUUUCCCUGGCUCGCCCCGCCCUGCCCUGCCCCGCCCCGCCCGGCCGAGCUGGUGAGAGCGGCGCGCGGGGGCGGGGAGCAGGCGCGGGCCGGGGCCUGGGAGCCGGGGCCUGGGAGCCACCCCGCCCGCGCUCCGGAGCCUCGGCGCCCCCUGGCGGCCACGCCGGGGCGGGGCGGGGGCGGGGCUCAGCGCCCGCUGGCCCGCCUCUUCGCCCCGGCGGUGGGGGCUGGGCCGGUGGGUCCCGGCGGAAGCCGCAGAGCAGCCACCAGCUGCAACAGGACGGAGAGCCAGCGUGACGCCCCGGGGGUCCCUGAAAGGCUGGGGCCCGAGCUGUCUUGGUCUUUGGAUAACAGGGUCCAGUCUGAAGAUUUUCCUGCCAUUAAAUCUGGAGAAAGAAAAACAAGCGCUCCAACCUGGACAAGCAACUAUUCCUUCUCACCCCGGCUCACCAUCCCUCUACUUCUCUGUCGGACCAUUUUUAGCGUCGGUGGCUCCCUGACUUGGGAGAUGGGUGGGCUAGGAGAGCCGAGGGCCACCUCAGAAGAGCAGGAGGACCCGGCAGAGCCCCGGGACGAGUACAGUUCAGUUUCCUCCCUUCUCGUCCUUGUGCUGCUGUUGCCAUCGGUGGUCCUCGGCCUGCGCAGCGCCUGGGCGGAGGAGGCCUGCACGGGCACCUGCCCCACCGCCUGCGCCUGCAGCAGCGCCGAGCGCGGCUGCUCGGUGCGCUGCGACCGCGCGGGCCUCCUGCGGGUGCCGGCCGAGUUCCCGUGCGAGGCGGCCUCCAUCGACCUGGACCGCAACGGCCUGCGCUUCCUGGGCGAGCGGGCCUUCGGCACGCUGCCGUCGCUGCGCCGCCUGUCGCUGCGCCACAACAACCUGUCCUUCAUCACGCCCGGCGCCUUCAAGGGCCUGCCGCGCCUGGCCGAGCUGCGCCUGGCGCACAACGGCGACCUGCGCUACCUGCAUGCGCGCACCUUCGUGGCGCUCGGCCGCCUGCGCCGCCUCGACCUGGCCGCCUGCCGCCUCUUCAGCGUGCCGGAGCGCCUCCUGGCCGAGCUGCCCGGCCUGCGCGAGCUCGCCGCCUUCGACAACCUCUUCCGCCGCGUCCCCGGCGCGCUGCGCGGCCUGGCCAACCUGACGCAUGCGCACCUGGAGCGCGGCCGCAUCGAGGCCGUGGCCUCCAGCUCCCUGCAGGGCCUGCGGCGCCUGCGCUCGCUCAGCCUGCAGGCCAACCGCGUGCGCGCCGUGCACGGCGGCGCCUUCCGCGACUGCGGCGCCCUGGAGCACCUGCUGCUCAACGACAACCGGCUGGCCGCGCUGCCGGCUGACGCCUUCCGCGGCCUGCGGCGCCUGCGCGUUCUCAACCUGGGCGGCAACGCGCUGGGCCAGGUGGCGCGCGCCUGGUUCGCCGACCUCGCGGAGCUCGAGCUGCUCUACUUGGACCGCAACAGCAUCGCCUUCGUGGAGGAGGGCGCCUUCCAGAACCUCUCGGGCCUCCUCGCCCUGCACCUCAACGGCAACCGCCUCAGCGCGCUCGCCUGGGCCGCCUUCCAGCCCGGCUUCUUCCUGGGCCGUCUCUUUCUCUUCCGCAACCCGUGGCGCUGUGACUGCCACCUACAGUGGCUGCGCGACUGGAUGGAGAGCUCCGGGCACGUGGCCGACGUGCCGUGCGCCGCCCCGGGCUCCGUGGCUGGCCUGGACCUCAGCCAGGUGGCCUUUGGGCGCUCCUCCGAUGGCCUCUGUGUGGACCCCGAGGAGCUGAACCUCACCACGUCCAGCCUAGGCCCGUCCCCAGAGCCAGCGGCCACCACCGUGAGCAGGUUCAGCAGCCUCCUCUCCAAGCUGCUGGCCCCGAGGGCCCCGGGGGCCGAGGCGGCCAACGCCACUCAGGGGCCAGGCAACGCCUCGCUGGCCGGCAGCCUUCCCUCCCGCGCGCUGGGAGGCUGGGCCUGCCAGACCCGGCUUCUCCUCGGCUCCAGUCUCCUCCUCAGCGUGGCCCGGCACGCGCUGUUUGCCCUCCAGGUGGACUGACCCUGCCCCAGUGAG